AAACAACCUUGAACUUCUCGUCCAGGUGUCAAUGGCAGAAGCUAUUUCCAGGAAGUAUCUUCUCAAAAUAUGUAUAAAUCUCUCAUCUCCAUUGAAGAAUCCAUCAUCAAUCUACUUUAAUGGCUGAAUGGUCUCAACUCCCCAGAGAACUCGUAGAACUCAUAUCCAAACACCUUUCCACGGAAACCGAUUUCCUCCGUUUCCGUUCCGUUUGCUCUUCGUGGCGUUCCUCUCUUCCUCCUAAACCCUACCCUUCUUCCCUUUCCCGUUUUCCCAUUCUCCCAAAUAAUGGCAUCGCUGAAAAUAGCUGGGGUUUUAAACUUUCCAAAUCUCCCCUUUACCUUAUCCGUUCACCUAAUCAAACGACGUCGUCUGAUAACCAUGGAUGGAUCAUCAAACUCGAUCGCGAAAAUCCCCAGAGAAUGCGUUUCUUCAAUCCUCUUUCCAGAUCCCAAUUCAAACCCCUUCCUUCUGAUUUCCCAAAGAUUUUGGAUUCCUCGCAUUACCCAAUUCGUGAACUGUGCCAAGAGUAUACUCUUCAGUUUAUAAAGUACCGACCUAGGGCUAAUUCGAUUGCUGAUGCUGGGAAUCUGUACAUGGAAAAAGUUGCUGUGUGUUUGGAGAAAAAUGGGUUUGUGCUGUUGACAAUUCAUGUUUCUGGGAAAUUGGUGAUGUAUAGAUCUGGUGAUACUAAGUGGUCUAUUGUUGAUGAGUCAUCUUUGCCAUAUGAUGAUGUUAUUAUGAAGGAUGGAAACUUUUAUGCUGUUGAUAAUACUGGGAAGGGAGUGCUUGUUAAAUUGAGCCCUGGGACAGCGCCAGAAUUAGAAGUUGUUGCUCAGUCUGUGUUUGGGGGAGAUAAAAAGUUCCUUGUGGAGUCUUGUGGGGACCUGUUAAUGGUCGACAAGUAUUUGAGUAUUGGGCCUGAAGAUGAUCUUGGAUACAAUGAGAAUGCUGAGUUUUAUGAGGAAUUUGAUUGCUACAUGAGCGAAAGGACUGUAAAGUUCAAAGUUUAUAAGUUGGAUGGAGAUAUGCAGAGGUGGGUUGAGGUCAAUUCUUUGGAAGAUAGGAUGUUGUUUGUGGGGGAUAAUUGUACGUUUUCUGCUUUGGUCUCUGAGCUUGAUCCUGGGUGUAAAGGGAACUGCAUACUCUUCUCGGAUCAGUUUUUCUGCAGCACGGAGGAUGAUGGAAGAUUGUGGAAGUAUCACGGCAUUGGUGUGUUUAAUAUGGAAAAUGGCAGCAUUGGUCCUAUAAUUAGUUGCCGUGGCUAUGCUGAGUUGUUUUGGCCUCCUCCUCCUUGGAUUUGUUCUCCUCAAACCAUUGAUGCUGAGCUGAAUGAGCUGAAAAUCUAACUCUCUUGGAACUUAAUGGAAAUAAAAAGAAACUAGCUAGCAAGAGCUGAUGAUAUGCUGGACUUCGGAAACUGUACAUAUGGUUUUCUUCGGAAAUUGACAUUUAGCUCAAGGUUUAACCCCGCUUAUGUGUUCAUGUGGCACUGACUGGCAUAAAUAAAUGAACAAGUUAAAUUAUUUUCAUUGACCGUAUUAUGGUAAAGAAACAAGGAUCUUCAUGUGGUUUUACUCAAUGUGGUUCACAUAAAUUUCACCUUUCUUACUGUAAGUACAGUUUCAACUAACCACCAGCAUAUACCAGUCAUUGAAUGGAGGAUCAUGCAAUUUUGCUCACUUUGGAGAAUUAUGUUAGUUGCCCCUGAUCAUUUGAUUGUGUGACCACUUAUUUAGUCGCAUUGAGUUCUAACACUUGACAAGUUAUGAAUAUUUGUGUGAAGGGUGCAAGGUGGUCUGGACACCACUUUUUUAAAAAGAAGGAAAUCUUAUUUAUGUAUAACCUGCGAGCAUGAUUUAAGCAUCUUAAUUGCUGUUUAGGAAUGGGCUUUUAAGGUUUUUCCUUUGUAUAACGUUGUUACAGUACUUUUGGGUUCUACUUCAAGAACAACACAAGAAUGAAAUCAUCGACAUCUUAAACUA